UGGUGGUGUUAUUGGCAAAUUUUGAAAUUUUGUUAAACCGCAUACAUUUUUAUUCACAAUUUCGUUUAAUGUUAUCUAUAACUUAUAAGUAUUAAGUACACAAGUUGAAUUUAUAAGUACUGAGUACAGUGUCAUUAUUUAAAUCUUAUUCGUUCAUUAGUUAUUCGAUUCAAAUUCUAUAAUUGAAAAUUUAUCAUUGCAAAGGAUCGACGUUGAUUGUGAUUAAAUGUAACUGCGUUUUCCAUAUAAGUGAUGGAACAUUCCAAACCGAAAUGUGUAUACCAAGAGGAGCGUUGGACACGAGCAAUGAUUACCAUUGACAAUCUACCGGACAACUUUGUUCAUUUGCAAGUCAACAACCAUUCCAAGAUCCGUAACAUGCUCGGAUUUGCUUUAAAAAGUUUCGAACACUCUGACCAUUUAGUGUGUAGUGCCAGCGGUCCGUCCGUCAACAAAGCCGUCACUUGUGCAGAAAUCAUGAAACGUCAAAUGCCCGAAUUAAGACAAGUUACCGGUAUUGGAUACAGAAACGUGAGAAUGAUCAAAGACGAGAUCGUUAACGGCGAAGUCACUCAAAGCAUCACAACCCGCCGAUUACCUUCCAUACACAUCCUAUUGUCAAAAAACCAUCUUCAUCCAGAAUUACCCGGGUAUCAAGGAGCCGACAAGAUAACCGAUCACGUCAACAGGCCACUUUCGCGUAAGACUUACGACAAGAGCGAAUAUCGUGGCACGAAGGAGAGCAGAAUCAAGGCUCUUUGAUCGACGUCGUUCCGUCCUCUUCAGUUCGACCACCUUGCAUAACCGCUUCGGGCAUGGGUACGAUUAAAUUUUCUUUGGCCAUCAAAUUGUACUUGAUGACAAACUUGGUGAACCGCUGGCACAAAUACGUCUCACUCUGUAACGUUGUAUAUAUUUUAAAAUAGAUAACAAUAUUAAUAAUUGUUGUUAUAUAUUAGAUUAGCAUUUAUCUAUUAAGUAUUCUUAUGUAUGUAUACUUUCAAUAAUAAUAACAUUUUUAUUGUUUUUUUUUUUUAAUUCUUUACCUCAAAUUUGUUGUAAACGUCUUGAUGGUGGUAGAACGCGUGCGAGAAUAUUCUGUACACGCGGCGGCAUACGGAUCCUAGUUUUGCCACCGACGAUUCUUUUAUGUUAACCCUACAUUUAAAAAAUAUAUAUAUAUUUAGUUAUUAAGAUAAAUUUAAAUUCUUGUUGAUUCAAAAAAAAAACACAUUAUAGUUGAUAAGAUUGAAAAAAAACAAAUAUGUCGUAGUAUAAGUUUCUUUUAUUUUACCUAUUCUAUAAGAAAAAAUAGGAUGAAAAAUUGGGACAAUUUUUCUGUUGUAAACUAUUUAUAUAUAA